ACAUUAGGUCAUGUGAGAGUAGGUGGCCCCUACUCUGACUGGUGUAUUUGUAAAAGGGAGAAAUUUGGAGACACCCAGGCAGGAAGAGUGCCAUACGAAGACUGGAGUUCCACUGUCACAAGCCGAGGAACUACCAGAAGCAAGGAGAGAUGCCGAGAAGAGAGCUGCCUUAGUGCUUCAGACAGGGCGCGGCCCACUGACACCUUGAUUUCGGCACUUCUGGCCUCCCGACUUGUGAGACAUCCACCAUGCCCUCCAAGUCUGACAAGUUAAGUCAAGAUGAACUGCGCAAAAAGCUGUACCAGACGUUUAAAGAUCGGGGUAUACUGGACGCGCUCAAGACACAACUCAGAAACCUGCUGAUUCAUGAACUGAUGCAGCCUGUGUUGAAUGGAGAACUGCAGCCCCAGUCCGUUUCAGCGGGAAAGAGCUCCCUCUUCAGAGGUGCUUCGAACUGUCUGGUAGCAGAUCACUUACAGAGAUGUGGCUAUGAGUAUUCUCUUUCUGUUUUCUUCCCAGAAAGUGGUUUGGCAAAAGAAAAGGUAUUUACUAUGCAGGAUUUAUUGGAACUCAUUAAAAUCAAACCUGAAUCCAGUCUCUACAAAUCACUGAUUUCAGGAUUUGAUAAAGAAAACCAAAAAGGUUUUCUCAUGCAGUUUUUAAAAGAAUUGGCAGAAUAUUAUCAGCCUAAAGAAAGCUGUGAUAUGGAAACUCAGACCAGCCCCCCACUUCCUAGCAAAGACUGUCUUGCUGAGAAGUUUCAGCUUAUUGAUAACCAGUUUGCAGAUGCUUACUCCCAGCAUCCAAAGUUAGAGUCUUUAGAAAUAAAGUUAGAGGAAUAUAAGAGAGAAACAGAACAGCAACUUCAGGCAGAAAUGUAUCAGAAGUUGAAGUACUUUAAAGAAACUGAAAUAGCAAAAAUGAAAAUGGAAGAGAGAAGAAAGUCUGAGAAGGAAUUAGCUGAGUUCCGGAACAAAUUUGAGAGAGCUUGUCAAGCAAAAUCUGAAGCCCUCAUUUCUCGAGAAAAGAUAACCCUUGAGAGAAUUCAAAAGCACCAGGAGAUGGAAACAAAAGAAGUUUAUUCUCAAAGGCAGCUUCUACUAAAAGAUAUAGAUUUACUAAGAGGCAGAGAAGCAGAGCUGAAACAAAGAAUUGAAGCUUUUGAAUUGGCCCAGAGGCUACAAGAAGAAAAAAAUAAAAGCGUGACUGAUGCUCUUAGGAGACGGGAGCUAAAUAUAAAGAGCAUUGAGGAGAUGUACGACCAGAGGCUCAAGAAUGAACUUCUAAAGUAUCAGCUUGAACUAAAGGAUGACUAUAUCGCUAGAACUAGCCGACUGGCUGAGGAGGAAAGAAAGAAUAAAGAAAAAGUUAUACACUUGCAAGAGGAGCUUACAGUUAUUAAUUCAAAAAAGGGAGAACUCAGCCAUUCCAUAAAUCGUGUGAAAGAACUUGAGCUUGAAUUAGAGUCUGUCAAAGCCCAGUCUUUGGCAAUAACAAAGCAAAACCACCUGCUGAAUGCAAAGGUUAAAGAGAUGAGUGACUAUUCACUCCUAAAAGAAGGCACACUGGAGCUUCAGGCACAGAACAAACUUCUUAAACAACAACUGGAAGAGAGUAGAAAUGAAAACUUGUGUCUCCUAAACAGGAUAGCUCAGCCAUCUCCUGAGCUGGUGGUUUUUCAAAAACAAUUAAAGAAAGCAGAAAAUGCAUUUGAGCAUCAGGAGUUCGAAACCCACAAGCAAGCUUUGCAAAAACAGCUGCAAAGAGAAAUUGCGCAUUCCGCACAGCUGAAGGCCCAGAUACUAGAUUACAAUGCCUCUCUAAAAAGGUUAACUGUGCAGGUUGCUGAUUUAAAACUGCAACUGAAACAAACUCAGACAGCCCUAGAGAAUGAAGUAUACCGCAAUCCAAAGCAGUCUUUGAUGGAGCCUUCUGUCAGCAGGUUAGUGAGUGGCAGGACGGUACCUCAUGAUGGGGAUAUAAGUGGGGAUUUCUUGAAAAAUCCUCUCGGACAGGAAAAGCUGAUGGCAGGCACAGUUACCCCAAGAAUCACAAAUUACACAAACGAAGGCACAGGGAGUAGUUCGCCCGAUUCUGACGUGGAGUUUGUAGUCAGUACCAAGGCCAGGGUGAAAGAGCUCGAGCAAGAGGCUGAGCGCUUAGAAAAAGCUUUCCGAAGUUACCAUCGAGGACUUACUCACCAGCACUCUAGAAGCUCACUGGCAGCCAAGAGCCCAUCACCCCUGCACUGGCACGGGUGGCUCAAUACCAAGACUUCACAUUCCCGCAAGAGACGUCCUUUCACCGAGGACAGAGCUGUCACUGAGCAGCCUGCGGGGGCCACGCUCACAGAGGAGAGGAGCAUGGCGUCGGAAAUGCUGGCGGGCAGCAUGGCCUCCCGGCUCCAUAGAAGCGCUUCGUCCCGUCGCCUCUCCUCCACUCCCCUCCCGGAAGCAAAACGAAGCCUUGAUGGGGAAAUGUAUCUGGAAGGUCUGGGCCAAUCCCAUUCUGCUGCCCCCAGUCCUUGUCCUGACAGAGCACCUCAGCCUUUACCUGCUGAACAUAGGCACAUCCCUUCCACCCACCAGCUGUCUGGCCCUCCGGCGCAGAAGUCUGGGCAAAUGGAACUUAAAGACAAAAGUGAAUUUUCAAAAUUGGAGAAGCAAGUUUUUAAGGACAAUGAGGAAUUUGAAUCAUCUCUUAAAUGUAAGUUCAAUCGUGCAGGGAACUCACCAAGGCAGUUUGGCGCAGAGGACCUCCUUCUUGCUGGCGACAUGCCUCCCAUGGACAUUGCUGCAGCUACUGCAGGGAGCUCACCAAGGCACUUUGGCGUGGAGGACCUCCUUCCUGCUGGGGACCUGCCUCCCAUGGACAUUGCUGCAGCUGCCCUGCCCAUCACACCUGCCUCCAGUCACUACCCGAAUCAGAAAUCAGCUGGAGAACAGAAGGAAAAAGAAAAAAUAAGGGAUCAGCACAUGAAAGAACAAAGGCAGAGAGAAGAAAGAAGGCAGAGUGAACGACAAGAAGCUUUAGAAAGGCAACGAAGAGAGCUAGAAAAACUGGACCAAGAAACGAGGAUUUUUGAAGAAUCAUUGAAGAUUGAAAUGGAAAAAGAAUUACAAAUGAGUAUUCAAGAAAUGGAAGACAAAUCUGUUUGUGGUGAAAGUCCUUUAGAGAAAUACAUGAAAAUCCUCCAGCAGAGUCAAGACCAGAAAUCGUCAGAUAAGAGUUCAAAAAAGGUUGUCAGAGAUGGUUCCCAAGUGGACACACUGCCAUUGAGUGACAAAGACGAAAGUUUCACAGGCUUUUCUCAAGAAGAAGAACAAGAUGGUAUUUGGUAACCGUGUUUGCUGCCCAGCUUCUGACUAAUGUAUAUAACAUAAUUAAAGGCACAUAAGUUUUCUGUAAUAAGACAAAAUUCAGAAUAAAAAUUUUAUGC